AUGAACCCCGCACCUCCACCACUUCCACCGCCACCCAUAAUUCCCGGUUUAGAGAUGGGUCAUGACCUCGGCUGGCAACACGCAAAUCCACAACCUCCGACUUCUCUUCCGCCAAUUCAUCCGAAUUCAAGUUUGUUUGGAGGUCAUCGACGGCCGGUACCCGUCUCACGGGAUGAUCCAAUGCAAAUAGACGAUUUCGAAGGGAGGCAGGGCGGAGUGACCGUCUCGCAACGCCCUGAAACUCGAAUCCAGGUCCAACCACCUCUUCCAGCUGCAGAGAGAUUUUCAAAUUCCAUGUCGCUUAUCCCAAAUCCGGCGGGUCCAAUCUUGAGUGGCGAACGAACCGAAUUUUCCCUGCAAUGUGUCAAAGACUCGUCAAAUGCCUAUGAUCAACACUUAUUAUCCAAAAUUGGAAAGCCUCAGAUAGUAAUACCUCCAUCCCCAGGGGGAUCUGUCAGUCUCGGAACUGAUAACAGGAAUUCACUCUCUGCACUUACCGUUCCAUCACGAAGCCCAAGCAAUCUGCCAUCGCCUGGGCCUUCAGAAGGGUCAACACUGGAUGUGAAAUGGCACAAUAGCCCUCAGUCGGGCGGCGUUUCUCCCAGGACCAAGUUUAACUGGAGAGAGUGUGUUCAAGGCCGAAGCCCAAGCGUGGAGAGUAAUACACUAUCAACGGCACUGGAUUACGACCAAGGAUCUUUACGGGAUGUGAGCCGACGCCGCUAUCGUGGAACCACACCGCAGCGGGAGGACAGCAUCAGUCUACCAAGUCGAUCAAAUCGUGGGAGCUGUGACCACAGCGUGUUUUCAGAUAUUGAGGGUGAGUUUUUGAAUGACGAGCUGGCACCCCCGCGGCAAUUCAUUCUUCGAGAGCCCACUCCGCCGUAUCCGGACUCCAGACAGGGCAUGAAACGACGGGCAUCAUCACCUCCGCGUGAGCCAAUUGGUGACGACAGACAUACAUUGCACGUCGCUACUAGUAACGGAAACCUGUCUCAGCGAAGACUCAGUGGUCAUCCGUUUACUAACACACUUUCGGUCAACCCCAACUACCCCACGAGCCAACGAACCCUCUCAGCCGCCUCCUCCUUGAGCAUUCGGACGUCGGGCUCGUGUUCGUCCACACUAUCUAUUGGAGGUAGCAGUAUGACCAGUCUUUCUCCGUACGACCGGCCAUCCCCAGGUGGUUUUUCACCCAUUUCCGAUCUCGAUGGUUUCCACGAAAAAUCAAUUCUCAAUCCCAGCUCUCCUGCAGCGCUAUCUCAGGCUCCUCUUCCGAGGAUGCCAGGACCCGCUUCGUUGGAACCUCCUGCGACAGACGCUACUGGAAAGAUGACCACAUCAACGACCAUGGCGAACAUGCCAAAGCCGGCUGCGCCAAAGAUCGGCGGGCUUUUCAUCUGCGAUUGUUGUCCGAAGAAGCCUAAGAAGUUCGACAACCCAGAUGGCUUACGUGCACACGAGAUGGAGAAACAGUACGCGUGCGCCUACUGCAAUCACCGCUUUAAGAACAAAAAUGAAGCCGAGCGCCACCAAAACUCCCUCCACCUCCGACGCCAUUCAUGGUCAUGUGCCGCACUCUUGAGUUUCCAAGCAGCAUUCCACCCCUCAGGCGUACAGUCCUGCCAGACAAAUUCCGGAGCUACCCAUGACACGUGCGGCUACUGCGGGGAGGAAUUCCCGAAUUUCCCUCAGGCAGACUGGGAUCGAAGGUUCGAGCACUUGACCGCCGUGCAUAAAUUCGGCGAGUGCAACAAUGCAAAGAAGUUCUUCCGCGCAGACCACUUCCGACAGCAUCUGAAACAUAGCCAUGCGGGCACCAGUGGAAAGUGGACUAAUAUCUUGGAAAAUGCUUGCAUGAAAGAAGAGCAGCCGCCGGAGCCUCGCGAGCCAAGGGGCCCUCAGGAUAACGCUGCUUCUAGCUCCCAGACUCGAGGGUCGUUGAUAUCUAAUGCCAUCUCGGAAGUUCUUAGUGAGCAAUGA